AUGCUCUCACAGAAUGUCGCCAAGACGACGGUGCCGUCGUACUACAUGAUCCGUACCAACCUUCCGCAGCGCAAACCGCAGAACCAGUGGGAGGGGGUGUAUUACUUUAGCGGUAUCACGAAGCGGCAGCGUCACCUCGUCCUGCUUCAGCGGAAACGCGAGCGGGAGGCACACAUGCGGAUGUUCAGUGCCUCCUGUGGCAACAUACUGCGGUUGUUUGAGAGGGGCUUUCAAGAGCAGCAGCAAACGGUGCAGGCCCCACAACUUUCCUCACCGCAUGGUCAGCUUGAUCUCGCCAUCCGUUUGGCGCAGCAUGGACUCUACCAGCAGGCAAGCCACAUUGUAGAUGAGUUGCACCGACGGCGUGCACUCGGCGUGAAUCACUACGGUCUUCUCAUUGAUGCACUUGCAGCCUCUUGUGUGGGGCAGCGCAUUUUGCAUUGCAGCGCACAAGGCGACCCCGCGCUCACGUACAAGUUACUUGGAGACGAAAAUGGCGAGGAGCGAGCACAGGAGGCGCACCGGUGGUUUGACAGGGCGUUCGCACUGCUGACUGCAGAGUGCCGGAUGGUUUGUGGUGGGAACUGCCCACCGCAAGCCACGGCGGCUGCCACGCAUUUGGUGAACGCACUGAUGCGUACACUUUUGACGUGCGGGUACACGCAUGUCACCGCUGUUCCAGACGCGGUGUACGAUCGCAUGGGGAUGAUGGGUAUUUCUCCCACAAUUAGCACCUACGAACUGGUGAUACUCGCCCUAUCGCUGCAAGGAAAUAUGCAGGAGGCAGAGAGCGUCUUCUCGUUCCUUCGUAAGCACCAUAAUGAACACGUGACGGUUGGCAGCUUCAACGCACUUCUUUUAGGGCAUCGUGAGUGCCGGCAAUUUGAUCGGUGCGACGCCAUUUGGCAGGAGCUCGUGGACCGCCGUUGGCCCCGAGCCAACGUGCUCACGGCCGAGCUGUACCUCCGAAGCAUUGUAGAUCACUCUUACACACCAACGAGUGAGCCGCUGCAGCGCUUUGGGAAUAUCAACGUAGUUGAGAAGAAAAAAGUGCCACUGGUGUUAGCGCAGAUGGACGAUCUCGGCAUCCCCCGCGCCCACCUCUCGCGGCCGCUAAUGGAUGAGGUGGAGGAUGCCCUGCGUAAGUUCUGCAUCUACAAGUCACGCUUCUACGAAUGGGGUCGCGCGGUGAAGCAGUUCAACUUCAUUGAGUUCCGCCGCCGCAACGGGUGGAUGUACGACCUGCACCUGAUGAAGAACACCACCAAGCAGGUGGGACCGCUGCGCGACUUUAACCACCCAGACGCCGCGCAGGUGGCGGCAGCGACGGUGGAACUCCCCGCGUUCUUCAACGACCGUCAGGCGUGGGAGCGGCCACCGCUAGAGGAGACGCUGUUCGUCACGGAAACACAGGAGCGCUACGAUGACGUACGCUCAGGCGACAUCUACGAGGAUCGCACCCGCAGCCUGCACGACCGCUCCCCAACGUGGAUGAACGAGGUGCCUGAGACCCGCUACGAUCGCCUGUACGGUGUGAAUCACCCAGACAUUGCAAAGAUUGGCAUUCGACGACACUUGAACGCGGAGUACGUGAACCGCAAGGAAAUCGUGGAGCGUGACGCUGCUCUUAUGAAGAAGAAUUUGAGCAGCGGCCGACGUCUGCGGCGCAAGGUGGAGUCCUCUCGCACACAUCGCAACGCUGGCUCACUGAGCGGUUCCGCUUCUACCUCCGCCUCACGGUAG